AGUACGCGGAACAGAAGUGAUGAGGAGCAAUUGCAGACACUCCAAAUUAGAGGAGGCUUGCAGAAGGUAGAAGAGAGGCGACACACACUGCAGCAUGUUUUGCUUUCUGGUGUUGACCUGUGCGCUUUGCAUGGGAGGGGCUGCAGGACAAAGAGAUGGGGAAAUUAUAAGUCAGAUUAAAAUGACAAACCUUGCCCUGUCUGAGAUAAAAGAGCUUAUGAAACAGCAGAUUAAAGAGAUAAUAUUCCUCAAGAACACAGUGAUGGAGUGUGAAGCCUGUGGGAUGGGAGGAGGGCUGCCGCGUCCUUCCUGUGUGCCCAGCCCCUGCUACCCUGGGGUACAAUGCAUGGAGACGCCUCAUGGUCCAAGCUGUGGGCCCUGUCCGGAAGGAAUGAAGGGCAAUGGCACCCACUGCACUGAUGUGGAUGAGUGUUCUGUGCUACCGUGCCACAUGGGUGUGCGAUGCAUCAACACCUUCCCAGGCUUCCGUUGUGGCACUUGCCCUGCAGGAUACACUGGACCUCAGGUACAUGGUGUCGGCCUCGCGUACGCCACUGCCAACAAACAGGUGUGCAAGGACAUCAAUGAGUGUGACAACUCCAACAAUGGCGGCUGUGUACAGAACUCCAUCUGUAUGAACACUCCAGGCUCGUUCCGGUGUGGUCCUUGCAAAAAGGGCUACGUGGGUGACCAGCGACUUGGUUGCAAGCCUGAGAGGGCAUGUGGGAACGGCCACCCGAGCCCCUGCCAUGCCAAUGCUGAGUGUAUCGUCCACCGAGAUGGCAAGAUUGAAUGUCAGUGUGGAGUUGGUUGGGCUGGAAAUGGCUUCCUGUGUGGAUCUGACAUCGACAUUGACGGUUUCCCCGACGAGAAGCUGGACUGUCCUGAGAGAAAUUGUGCCAAAGAUAAUUGUCUCACUGUGCCCAACUCUGGUCAGGAAGAUGCUGAUCGUGAUGGAAUUGGAGAUGCCUGUGAUGAUGAUGCAGAUGGGGAUGGGAUCCCCAACACACAGGAUAACUGCGUGCUAGUGCCCAACGUGGACCAAAGGAACAUCGACGAAGACGACUUUGGUGAUGCUUGCGAUAACUGUCGUGCAAUCAAAAACAAUGAUCAAAAGGACACCGAUGUGGACAAGUUUGGCGAUGAGUGUGAUGAAGAUAUUGACGGGGAUGGAAUCCCUAAUCACCUGGAUAACUGCAAACGGGCUCCCAAUGCCGACCAGAAAGAUCGUGAUGGAGACAAAGUUGGAGACGCCUGCGAUAGCUGCCCUUAUGUUCCCAAUCCAGACCAGUUGGAUGCAGACAACGAUCUUAUCGGAGACCCUUGUGACACCAACAAAGACAGCGAUGGCGACGGUCACCAAGACUCUCGAGACAACUGCCCAGCCGUCAUCAACAGCUCCCAGCUGGACACCGAUAAGGAUGGCAAGGGAGACGAGUGUGAUGAUGACGACGACAACGAUGGCAUUCCUGACCUGCUGCCACCAGGUCCUGAUAACUGCCGAUUGAUCCCGAACCCCAUGCAGGAGGACUCUGAUGGCAACGGCAUAGGUAAUGUGUGUGAAAAGGAUUUCGACAAUGACACUAUCAUCGACACCAUCGAUGUUUGUCCUGAAAACGCUGAAGUCACGCUCACCGACUUCAGGGAGUACCAGACUGUGGUCUUAGAUCCAGAGGGCGACGCACAGAUUGACCCCAAUUGGGUGGUGCUGGACCAGGGAAGAGAGAUUGUCCAGACAAUGAACAGUGAUCCCGGGUUGGCUGUUGGUUACACUGCUUUCAGUGGUGUCGAUUUUGAAGGGACAUUUCACGUCAACACGGUGACAGACGACGACUACGCAGGAUUUAUUUUCGGGUACCAGGACAGCUCCAGUUUCUACGUGGUCAUGUGGAAGCAAGUGGAACAGAUCUACUGGCAAGCCAACCCGUUUAGAGCCGUGGCAGAACCGGGAAUCCAACUGAAAGCUGUGAAGUCCAACACAGGCCCAGGUGAGAACCUAAGGAACGCCCUGUGGCACACCGGCGACACGAGUGACCAGGUGAAACUGCUGUGGAAAGAUGCUCGCAAUGUUGGCUGGAAGGACAAGACGUCUUAUCGCUGGUUCCUCCAGCACCGACCCGCCGAUGGAUACAUCAGGGUUCGCUUCUAUGAGGGUCCUCAAAUGGUGGCAGACACAGGAGUGAUAAUAGACGCUACAAUGAGAGGAGGUCGACUUGGAGUCUUCUGCUUCUCCCAGGAGAACAUCAUCUGGGCCAACCUGCGUUACCGCUGCAACGACACUCUACCAGAAGACUUCGACACUUACCGUGCCCAGCAGGUUCAACUGGUGUCUUGAAGAAAAUGACAGCUCAAAGAAUUCUGGGAAAAUCUCAACUAUCUCACAUUCAAAUCAUCGACUGGUGAUACUUGCAGAUGAAAACUGACGGGGCCCUAAAAAUGUAGUCUGAAGAAGUUAUCCAGUGCAUUUUGUUGGUGGUUUUAAAUUAGUCUUAACAUUUCAGUGUUACAAAAUAAUAAAGCUGGAUUUUUAGUAAAUGAUGGAGUCACUCGGUCAGUCAUCUGCAGCUAAAGUCAAGCCAUCUUCCAAAUUCGUUACUGUGGGUACAGUUAGACAAAAACCUGUUUUGGUACAUAACACGCAGAACAGCAGAAACGACUGAACACUGUAACUGACCCCAAGGCCUAUACAUUGCACAUAUUCUGUACGAUGCAUUUUCAAUAUUCUGUAUAGCAAUUCAGCAAUCUCAACCCUGCAAAUUUUUGGUCAGAAAUGAAUUUUUACAUGUCAUUUACGGUAAGUUUCGAAUCAUUUAUAAAUGCGUGAUAAUACAGGUAAAAUGUGAAGCAUAUAUACACCACUGUAUUUGUACAUGUUAUCUCUUUAUGCUUCACUGAUAAUAUUUUUUCAUCAAGUGUUGAGAUUUUGUACUUUGUUAGGCAAUCCUCGAAAGCACCAGUUGUGUGCUGUGAGACGGUAAAUUUAGUUUGGCAACAGAAGCGCUAGCU